CUACACAAAACUCCUUGAGUACUUCUUUUGCCAUUUGGCCACAUGGCUUCUACUACAAUGGUUCUACCUCACAGUAGUAUGGUAAGUAGGUGGGGGGAUUUUCAUGAACAGGUAAGAAAUUUUGUUUUAGGUAUAGUAUAUGAAUGUUUUUGUUGUAUAUUUCUUUGUUGUUCUUCUGUUGUUGUGUAGUAUGGGUUUCUUCACUGGAUUCUAUUGUAGUAAAACAAUAUCUAUGUAAUAACUGGCACUACCUUGGAUUGGACAUGGUUUGUGUGUCUUCUAUUUCUUGAGGCUCAAGUAGAGGUGUUUGCUUUUAGGAGCAGCUGAUAGGGAUGGUUUAAACUGAGGGAAUAGAACAAAUGCAUAUUUGGGAAGAGGGACCUAUUACAAGUAUUCCUAAGCUUCACCAAAUAUUAGAGCUUGUCACAAGUACAUUCCUAAGGAUUUUAUCCAGCUGCCACUGAAGUGAAUGCAUUGUUCCUCUGGACUUACCUGGAGAUGAGUCACGCUCCUGACAUUCUCCUACAACACUUUGGUUCUUAAUAGUGUCCUCUUUUUUCCUCCCUACCCCUAAUCAGUCUCAUUGUCUGGUUCAUUUAACAGCUGCACAUUAUUCCUGCACAAAGGAAGUCAGAGCUUAAGUGAGUGCCAGAGAAGGAACAUUAGGAGCCAAGGAAGACUUUCUUGGGGUUUUUUUGACACUGGUGCUUGUUUAUUCUGGUUUGAAAUACUUGUCAAAUUUUAGUCCAAGAACUCAUAAUUCUGAUAUGUGAAGUUGCAGGCUCUUUUUGAAAUAGAAGUAUGUCAACUGCAUGUGUACUGAAGUAAAAAGCAUAACAAAGAAGCUAAAUUCAUUAAAAUAAAUGGUAGAGUAUACCAUGCUAUGGGAUAUUGAGAAGCUUUAGCAGAUUUUGCUGUGUUUUGUGGGGGUUGGGCAGACUUCUAGCCUGCCUUGGAAAAAGUCUGUAAUGGAAGCUGGUUUUGUUUCCUAGCCACCUAAGAGUAUAUAAUAAGGAACACUUCUUAAAUUGUAUUAUGUGCAGAAGUAAUGUUCUGAGCACAAGAUCUUUGUUUCUAUUUUGUGAAAAAUAACUGUACCUAUACUUGGGCACUGGUACAUAAAAGAUAAAUAUUUUCUUCCUGGACAUCUGUUCCAGGGAUAUUUUGGCCUAUCCUUUCUGUUGAGUUAGUGACCAGCUUAACAAAAGAGAUCAGGUUUUCUAGUUGUCAUCUCUAAUUGUUUUGGGUAGUGUUUGUUAUUGCUUUUAUUAGGUGUAAUUUCCAUUUUUACUUUUAAUUCUAAUUGCUUUUCAUUGUUCUAAUGCUUCAUAAUUUACCCAAGCAUUGUGAUGCAAUUACAUGAGAUUUUAGCUAAGUUUAGUAUGUGCCAAAGAAUUUUUGAGCCCAUCUUCUAAUUAUAAAUUCGUAUCAGUAGUGGUAGGGUUGUUGGGGUGCUUUUCAUGUAUGAGUAUGUUAAAAAAAGUCAUGUAAUUUCUAAAAAAACCCUUUGUUAUUGCAGCAACAAGCUUUAGAACUGGCAUUGGAUCGUGCCGAGUAUAUCAUUGAAAGCGCCCGCCAGAGACCUCCCAAAAGAAAAUAUUUAUCAAGUGGAAGAAAAUCUGUAUUUCAAAAACUUUAUGAUUUGUAUAUUGAAGAAUGUGAAAAAGAGCCUGAGAUAAAGCAGAAACUGAGACGAAAUGUGAACUUACUUGAGAAGCUGGUUAUGCAGGAGACGUUAUCAUGUCUGGUGGUAAACCUCUAUCCAGGAAAUGAGGGUUAUUCACUGAUGCUCAGGGGAAAAAAUGGUUCAGAUUCUGAGACCAUUCGUUUGCCUUAUGAAGAAGGAGAGCUGCUUGAAUAUUUGGAUGCAGAGGAGCUACCACCUAUUUUGGUUGAUCUUUUGGAAAAAUCUCAGGUUAAUAUUUUCCAUUGUGGAUGUGUCAUAGCAGAAAUACGUGACUAUAGGCAGUCUGGUAACAUGAAAUCUCCAACAUACCAAAGCAAGCACAUUCUUUUGCGACCUACAAUGCAGACUUUAAUUUGUGACGUACAUUCUAUAACAAGUGACAACCACAAAUGGACACAGGAGGACAAACUCCUACUUGAGAGCCAACUUAUUUUGGCUACAGCAGAGCCUUUGUGUCUUGACCCUUCAAUAGCAGUGACCUGUACUACAAACAGGCUCCUGUACAACAAGCAGAAGAUGAACACUCGCCCCAUGAAACGGUGCUUCAAAAGAUACUCAAGGUCCUCUCUGAACAGACAGCAAGAAGUAGCUCACUACUCAACUCCACCUCAGCUCAGACUACUUGACUACUUACAGAAAAGGAAGGAGAGGAAAGCAGCCCAGCAGUAUGACCUCAAAAUUUCAAAAGCUGGAAAUUGUGUAGAUAUGUGGAAACAGAACCCUUGCUACUUGACUGCUCCUUCUGAAGUAGAUGUGGAAAAAUAUGCCAAAGUGGAAAAGUCUAUCAAGUCUGAUGACUCACAACCAACUGUCUGGCCAGCACACGAAAUGAAGGAUGAUUAUGUGUUUGAAUGUGAAGUUGGUAAUCAGGUUCAAAAAACAAAACUGACCAUUUUUCAGUCUCUUGGCAAUCCCUUGUACUAUGGUAAAAUUCAAACACUCAAAGGUGAUGAGGAAAAUGACAACCUAUUAACUCCAUCACAGUUCCUUAUUGGUUCGAAGACUGAUGCUGAAAGGGUGGUGAAUCAGUACCAGGAGUUAGUGCAAAAUGAAGCUAAAUGUACUGUGAAAAUGUUUCAUAAUUCAAGUGGAUCAGUCAGUCAUCUUUCUCCAGGGAAGGAAAUGGAACAGCCAGAAAGUGUAUCAGGCUCUGUUCAGUCUUCAGUACUGGGGAAAGGUGUAAAACACCGACCUCCUCCUAUCAAAUUACCUUCAAGUUCAGGAAGUAGCUCUUCAGGCAGUAUUUUUAGCUCACAACAGUCUAGUGGCCAUCUAAAAUCCCCAACUCCACCUCCUCCUUCUAAGCCUCCUGGUGUUUCUCGGAAACAAUCUAUGGAUCUUAAUCAAGUUAGCAUGCUCUCUCCAGCUGCCAUGUCUCCUGCGAGCUCUUCACAAAGGUCUGGAACUCCUAAACCAUCUACUCCUACUCCAACCAACACCCCUUCAUCGACCCCACACCCUCCUGAUGCUCAGAGCUCAACUCCUAUUACCCCUUCUGCCACCCCUACUCCCCAAGAUUCAGGCUUCACCCCUCAGCCCACUUUGUUAACCCCAUUUGCUCAGCAGCAAAUGUCUCUGAGCCAGGCACUGCCUGUAAUGACCAUUCCUCUUUCCACCAUGGUAACAUCCAUUACUACAGGAACAACCUCCACCCAGGUCAUGGCAAACCCUGCAGGACUUAACUUCAUCAAUGUAGUGGGCUCUGUGUGUGGAGCACAGUCACUGAUGAGUGGUUCAAACCCCAUGUUGGGGUGCAACACUGGUGCCAUAGCCCCUGCAGGUAUAAAUCUGAGUGGCAUUUUACCCCCAGGAGGUCUGGUACCAAGUGCGCUGCCCGCUGCAAUGCAGUCUGCCUCCCAAGCAGGCAGUCCAUUUGGUUUGAAAAAUACAUCAAAUCUUCGGCCCUUAAAUCUUCUACAGGGGUCUGACCAAGGUCCAUCCAAUCAAGAUCAGGCAUUAUCUGCCCAACAAGCUGCUGUAAUUAACCUGACUGGAGUAGGGAAUUUUAUGCAACCUCAAGCCACAGUGUUGUCUCAGCUUGGCUCUGCCGUGAACAGACCUGGGCAAAGCCUUCCUCAGCAGAGACUCCAGCUCUCUUCUGCCCUGCAACAGCAACAACAAGCCUUGCAGCAGCAGCAGCAACAGAUACAACAGUUGCGAUUCUUGCAGCAUCAAAUGGUUAUGGCAGCGGCAGCAGCACAAGCAGCUCACCUGCAUCAUCAACAGCAUUCAGGCAGCCACUCAAAAAGUAAAAGGAAAAGAGGCACACCAGCCCCUCCAAAAUCAUGAGACUUGCCUCCCCCCCAAAAAAAUUGAUUUGAAGGGGAUUGUUUUUUCCAGAUUGUUAAAGAAAAGGCUUAAAAUAAAAUUAGUGUUUUAUAUUACUGGUGGGAAAAUGAAUUUUUGACAUUACAUUAAAAGAAGUGAACUGAUUUUGGAAGCCAACCUUACAGAACUUAGAAAUAUCAUCUAUAAAGUGGCUAGGAUCUGGUUUUCUCUAGUCACUUAAUUUUUUAACAGAAUGUUUUAUCUUGUAUUUUUUACCACUCAACAACAUUGUACAUAGAAUAAGGGUGAAAAACAUUUUAGAAAAAAUGAACUUUGUAAAUGUAGUAUUGGUAUUUGUUUAUUUAGUAUAAAAGGUUUGUGAACACUGUAACAAAUACAAUUUUUACAAAUCCA